GAACUUGGCGCGAGGUAUUAUCGUGCUUCUUAAUCGGAAUGCAGCCAUUAAAGUUACGUUAACAGCUGCACUGUGUACGUGCUGUGAUAUGAUGCUAAGAGCAACGGUCUAGAUUGUCGUAAGAAAAUACAUACAUACAUCGUCGGCUCUCAGGUUUUUCUCUUUGCCAAUAAGUAUUUGUGUAAAUUACGAGAUUGUUACAGACAUUGUCGGUGUUUCAACUGUACUUCGAUUGUUUCGAUUUGUUGGAUUGCGAACAAUUAUGAAUUCGGCAAUUGUCUCUUACACAAAUAUUUGCCGUGCUUGUAUGAAACAAGACGAGAAUAUGACGCCUAUGUAUGAUGAAAAUCUGACUGAAAUUGAUGUGUCGCUUAAACUGACGGAACUCACAUCCAUCGAGCAAGUGCAGAAAAUCCAAGUACAGAGUUGAAGACAUUGAAAAUCAAUAACUUUUCCACUUUUACUGGCAAAGCAAAAAUUACUGAAAAUGAAUAUGCAACUAAUCAUUUCCAUUAAGAAAUAUAUAUUGACAAAUUUGACGGAAUGCCCAAUAUGCUCUGCUCUGAGUGUAUAAACUAUACUAAUAUGUUUUAUAACUUCAAACUACAAGUGCAAGAAUCGGACAAGACACUUCGAAUGAUGCUUCAAAAUCAAAAAAACUUAAAUAAAAAAGACGAUGAAGAAAACAUAAAAAUAAAUAAAGUUUUUGAAUUGAGCAUUGAUGGAUCCAAUGCUCGUAUUUCCUCAGAUAAUCAUACAGGCAAAACAACAGUAAAAGAAACAGAAAACAACCAACUGGAUGACUUUGUUAUAUAUCAGGUGUUUGAUGAUAAAAACAAGAGUAACCUGCAGUUAGAAAAUAUUUAUGAUUUUGUGGAGAAAAUUAGGGAAGGCAAAAUAGAUGUACAAUUUGUAAAAAAUGAAAUACCCGCAGAAAUUUCCAAAUUACUCGGAUCACAAGAUAUCGCAAUAAUGUACGUACCAAGUUCACCAGUACCUCAUUUUCAGCAAAGCGAAAUGAAGAACAACAGUGACAUAUUUGACUCAAUAGUAAAAACAAAGAAUGAACAAAAAAGUGACACAGCGAGUCCGAUAAAAUCUAGUGUAGGCAGAGAGGAAAAUACUAAAUGUUUUUAUUUGAAACAAAAUGAAAAGACAAAGCACAUUGAUUGCGAUAUUGAACAAUCUGGGAAUGCAAACGACAGUAGUGAUUCUGAUUCCGAUUAUUUGAUUGGCACCGAAGAUAAUAUAUUAGGUAGUGUAAAUGAUGUAGUCACGCGAAUAAAGGAGAUAAAGCACGAGAACGUAACAGAGUACCAGUGUACGUUAUGUAUGGAAAGCUACGAAGAACUAUCUAAUGUAUUAUUGCACAUUGUCCAUAAUCAUGUUCCCAGAAGAGGUCCGUUUUUCUGUAUAUUAUGCGAAAAAGAUUGCGACAGCUUUCGUGAGCUGCGAACGCAUGUGAAAACGCACACUGGAGCGUGUCCAUAUUCCUGUUUUAUGUGCGAAAAAGCAUAUUCCAGAAAGCGAUACUUGAAAAGACAUAUGGUGUGCCACGAUCUUCCUCGGUAUCGUUGUCAAAAGUGCGGUCAGCGCUUCAAGACCAAGCCGGAACUGGACUCCCAUGCAGUGUCACAUGUAGGCAAUGCACCUUUUACCUGCAGUCAAUGCUCGCGUGUAUUUAAUUACAAAGCCCAUUACAAGCGACAUCUUACUACUCAUUUGGAUCCACAGGGUCUUUACAUACCUAAGUAUCCAUGUAAGCAUUGCGAGAAACGCUUUCUUAAUAAUCGAACACUGGAAACGCAUAUGCGCGUUCACACUGGCGAGAAACCGUUUAGUUGCGAACACUGCAAAAAAUGUUUCUCGCAAAAAGGCAAUCUAUUGAAUCACAUCAAAUUACAUGUUAAUCCGCGGAACUAUACAUGUGAAAUUUGUGGUAAACGAUUCAAUCAACUCUCCACAUUGAAGGAUCAUAUUUUAUUACAUACAGGUGAAAAACCCUAUGUGUGUAAUAUGUGUGGAAAGGCGUUCACGGUCAGUGCAGCACUGAGAAGGCAUAUAUAUUAUCACAUAGGCAAACCACUGCAAUGUGAGUGUUGUGACAUGAAAUUUAUCGGUAAAUAUGAUCUGCGACGACAUAUGCGGGUGCACGAGAAUAAACACAGGACAAGAUGCGGUCCAAAGAAAUGUAAAACUAAACCAAAGCCAAAUAAUCUGAAGGAAUUAAAGGAAGAGUUACAGGAAGAAAAUGUCAGUGUAAUAGAAGAUGCGAAUAGAGAAACUGUAUAUAUAGAAGAACUAUUUUUAACACAACAGAAUUUUACACAGAUAAUCGAAUCACGUCAAGUUGAAUCAGAAAAGGAAAAUGAGAAUGCUCUAUUUAAUCUUCAUUCUAAUAAUUCAAUUUUAUACAGUAAUGUGUAAUAUUUAAAUAGAAUAAUUCUACUGAGCUUUAGAUUAAAUUAGAAUAAGCUGUGUAAAAUUUGUUCUUUUAAGAUAGUUAUCGCGCAACACACACGCACACAAGUUUCAUCCAAAAGUUUAACUUUUACGCUACAAAAAAAUUCUCAGAACUCUAUUCAUAUAUACAAAUAUUUCAGACUAUUUUCACAUGUCAUUAGUGCAGAAAUAAACAAGUAGUUUUAUUAUGCUCAAAACCUUUUUAAACAAUUUUACUUCUUUUUGCUAGUGUGGUAAACUUUUAGUAGCGAUUGUUUACGCUUUCCAUCAAACGGCAAUCUGACAACGUCGCGUGUGUCUAACCACGUCUGUCAAUUUGUUUAGUCAAACAAAACUACUAAAAUGACUUUUCAAUUUCAAUACAGAUACUAAAAAAACAUUUUAAAACAAUUUUGAGUAUGAUAGGAAAAUUAAAAACAAAUGUGUAGAGAGAGAUCUAAGUACGUUGUCGAGAGGCGACGUUGUUUGUCUGUUUAACUACGCCUUGUCAAAAAAUAUUACAAUGUUUCCGCGGCUUUAUUUCGACAAUUAGACGGUUAUUAAUUCUAAAUUUUUUUUAUAGUAUUUGUAUGAUGGUAAUCUACCACAUUCUAGUUUCUUAUCAAUUUUCUAAAUAUACCCCGAUAGCCAAGCAUGUUUUGCAAAAUGAUGUAACUUAAUGCUGAGCUGAAGUUUUCAACUAGUUGCUGUGUAUUUGCUGAAAACAUGAUGCAUAGUCAUACGUAAUCAACAACACAAAGGCAAAUUUGAGACAUUUUGUGUCAGCAGAUUCAGAGCAAACGAAGAGCAACUAUUGCUCAUUACGUUGUCAACAAAA